AUGGUUGAUAUUGCAGCUAAUGUGGAGAGAGUGGUACUGCUUCGAGAAGCGAAGAAUGUUGGGUAUAAAAGGAGAAAUGAAAACCAAAGUCAAGGAGGAGCAAAAAAGCCUAACCAAUGCUAUCAGGGAAAUCAAAGGAGGAACGAUGUUGGAAACAAAGGACAAGGUUAUCGUGGAAACCAGAAUAAUAGGACACAAGAAUGUGCCAAGUGUGGGAGAAGAGGCCACAUUGAGAGUGAAUGCCGUGUGAGAUCGAACACUUGUUUUCGAUGUGGGAGCCAUGAUCAUUAUAUCAGAGAUUGUCCGAAGCAAGUAACACCAACCACGAGAGGACCAGCUUCAACUAACAACGAUCAUGGUCGGAACAACAAAAACACAGGAGGUUCAAGCCGCAACCCUCCCUGA